AUGGAUGAGUAUUUGGUGUUCUGGAUCUUGAUGCUUUUCAACCUGACUGUACAGAAUCCGGUUGGUCAGAUGUUAAAAUGGGAAAGUAAGCCGGAGAACGUUUUAGUCAUAAAGAAGUUAUUGGAUUCUUCGUUUGACGACAUGUUUUUGGAUCUUUUAAAAUGGCUUGUUCAGGAAAAACAUUUGAAGGUCUUUUUAGAAUGUCAUAUAAAAGAGGAUAAAGUGUUGGCGGCGAGCGAUGAGUUCAUCAAGAUAUCUAACAACGUUGUUUUUUUUGACGGAGCCAUCAAAAACUUAGAAGGGCUGGUAGACUUUGUAAUAUGCACGGGUGGAGAUGGGACACUCCUCUAUGCAUCAUCACUCUUCCAGAAGUCUAUGCCUCCCGUGAUGGCCUUCCACGUGGGUUCUCUUGGUUUCCUCCUGCCAUUUGAAUUUUCUGAUUUCAAAGAAAAUAUUGAAAAUGUUCUGAAAGGGAACAACAUGGGAUUGAUCCUUCGAACAAGACUCAUUGCUCUUGUUUGUCCUGUUAAUUCCAAAAUUCGAGGUCCCUGGUCACUCGAUAGAAUGGAAAAGCAGAAGCAUUGUUUGGUGUUGAACGAAGUGGUGGUGGACAGGGGGAGCACUCCAUACUUGUGUCAGCUGGAUCUAUUCAUCGACGACAUCCUUGUGACUGUUGUGCAAGGCGACGGCCUCAUCAUAUCAACUCCGACGGGCAGCACGGCGUAUUCAGCAGCGGCAGGUGCGUCCAUGGUCCACCCGAACGUCCCCGCCAUAAUCAUCACACCCAUCUGCCCACAUUCUCUUUCAUUCCGACCCAUCGUCGUUCCGGCCGGGGUCGAAAUCAAAAUAAUGGUGUCUCCUGACGCCAGAGAUGCUGCCUGGGUUUCCUUUGAUGGCAGACAGCGACAACAUUUAGAUCGCAACGAAGUUCUCAUCAUAAACACCUCAUCCCAUCCUCUCCCGUCCAUCAUAAAUAUUGACCCCAUUGCUGACUGGUUUAACAGGCUUGCUGGAUGUUUGCACUGGAAUGUGAGGAAACACCAACUGCCUCUCCACCAAUCACCAUCCAAUGAUUCAAUCAUCAAGUCGAACAGCGAAGCAAGGCUGAUGAACAACAACCAUAAUUGUAAUGGUGGCCCAUUACUUCCAUCUGCCUUGGAAGGUGACAUGUCCUCUUUACAAACUAAAUUUCACAAAAUCAGUGUAACAGAUUUGAACGAUAAUCACAGCACCUAACAAAAUAGUUUUUCAUUCCAUAAAUAUUUUAAUGACAUCAAGCUUAUUUAACAAAUUUGUCGUUUUUCUGUACACGCUAAUAUGUUUAAUUUAUCUAUAUAAAUUAAUUCGUUGAUUUU